GCCCCUCGUGGGCCUGGAGAUACAGCACACUUCCACCUCUGUGCAAAAGCUGCUGGGAAGCUGGAUCCUGUGUCUGGAUAGAAUUUCUCCCAUGAUCCUCUGCUUGCCCACAGAGCGCUGACCUAGCUCCCAGACCUCAGCAGCAUGGAAGAGAAGCUGAAGAAGGCCAAGAUCAUCUUUGUGGUGGGUGGGCCUGGCUCUGGAAAGGGCACCCAGUGCGAGAAGAUUGUGCAGAAAUAUGGCUACACCCACCUCUCUACUGGGGACCUGCUUCGGGCAGAAGUCAACUCUGGCUCGGAGAGGGGCAAGAAACUGUCGUCUAUCAUGGAGAAGGGAGAGCUGGUGCCACUGGACACGGUGCUGGAGAUGCUCCGGGAAGCCAUGUUAGCCAAAGUGGACUCUUCCAACGGCUUCCUGAUCGACGGCUACCCGAGGGAGGUGAAACAGGGAGAGGAGUUUGAACAGAAGAUCGGACAGCCCACACUGCUGCUGUAUGUGGACGCCGGUGCCGAGACCAUGACCCAGCGACUCCUGAAGCGAGGGGAGACCAGUGGCCGUGUGGACGACAACGAGGAGACCAUCAAGAAGAGACUGGAGACUUACUACAACGCCACAGAACCUGUCAUCUCCUUCUACGACAAACGUGGCAUUGUGCGCAAGGUCAACGCCGAAGGUACAGUGGACACUGUUUUCUCGGAGGUCUGCACCUAUCUCGACUCCCUGAAGUAACUGGAGCCCUUGGCCAGCUCCCAACCUGCCCCACCCUUGCCCCCUGACCCCAGGCAGCCUGGCUCAAGCCCAGCACCUCCACCCUGCCAGGCUGUGCACAGACACAGGAAGCCAUGUUAUCCUGUCCCAUGGACACUAAAGAAAUUGCCAAGGACGUUUAGGAUUGCUCCCUUCUCUCUGCUUCCAAUUGCGGUGAUUCAUGCCGCCACAGCCAGAGGCUCCAGCUUUCCGUGCCUCAGCCCAGCUCUCUUGUCUCCCUGUGGCUCUGCUGGGAUCCUAGGCCCUUCCGUAGCCAGGCUGUGUCAGGCCUAGGGGCCCCUGGGUUGAGAGGCUGCUCUUGGGGUCUGGCGUUCACCCUGUGUCUCAUAGCCUUGUUGUACGGUUUUGGCCCUAAGCCAUUGUCUCUCUGGAGUGAGUUUUCUUCUUUUUUCUUUUCCUUCCUUCCUUCCUUUCUUUUUUUCUUUCUUUCUUUCUUUCGACAGCUUCUUGUGUGACUUAAGCUGGCCUCAACCCUGUUAUGUAACUAAGGACAACCUUUAUCCUCCUGCCUCCACUUGUCUUCCUGUGUGCUGAGAUUGCAGGUGUGUGUGUGUGUGUGUGUGUGUGUGUGUGUGUGUGUGCCUCCAUCACUCCCGGUUUUGGGGUGCCAGGGAUCAAGCCCAUGGCCCUGUGUUUACUAAGCCAGCACUCUACAAAUUGAGCUGCAUCCCCAGGCUGAGGAGGUUUUCCAUGCCGGGCUGGGGCCUGGGCUGCAAUGGGCAAAGGGCCAUGGGCUCACCAGCUAGGGCCACAUAGCCACUGGGUGGCAAGGGACUGUGCAAUGGGCAUACAGCUAGGGGGGAGCUGGGGUCAGAGGUGGUCAUCCUGAGGAAGGACUGAAGGCUCUCCUGGUGUGGCCCUGCCAGGCCUUGCCAUCCUUUGGCUGGUUUCAAAGCUUGUUCUGUCAUGCUGUGUCCCAACCCUUAUCCCCAGUGCUAGGACAAGAACAUAGAGAUUGAGAAGUGUGAGCUGCCACAGACAUGGAUGUGGGAUCAAAGACCAGGCCUGGGACCAGGAGAGGAUACCCAGGGCUCCCCAGAAGAGCUGGCACCUCCCUUCUGUUCUUUAUUCAUUGAUCGCAUUACACAGGAAGGCUCUGUUGGUACUUGCUUGUCCUUGGGUCCUGUCUCCAUCCCCAGUGACUUCCCCUGUAAGCCAGCAGCCACUUGUCCCGGGGACGCCUGCCCCUGGGGGUGAUGGUGCUCAUCCUUUCUGUUUACUACCAGUGGGGCCACCUUUCCUUCUGCAUUGCCUAUUGAAGCUGUCCGCUAAAAUAAAUAAAUGUAUUUCAGUUACAA